UGGAAUUAAUAUAAAUAUCUCUUUUACUUCUUCUUUUUUUAGAGAUGACACAUCAACUGUCCUUCAGAGGAAGAAGAGACGGAGAGACAUGGCUUCAGACGUGAUGUGCUUGUGUGUUGUUCUGCUCUUCUCUGGACUUCAGUUCACAACAGGCUGUGCAGUAGAGUUUUCACACAUCAUGUGUUCUCCAGGAGAGUCUGUGCUGCUGCCCUGCAGGGAUAUAAACUCACAUCUCACUGAAGUCCAGUGGUGGAUUGGUGAUUCUCAGACCCACACUCUUCAUUACUCAGUGUCUCCUCUGGACGCUAUUAAGGGUCAGCGAUACAAAGACAGAGUUCAGAUUCAGGGGAAUCUCUCGCUGUCCAUCACUCGACUCAAUGUAGACGACGCAGGAAUGUACUGGUGUAAAACAACAGAGGCUGAUAAAAUGAGGAAUGUUCUUCUACAUGUUGAAGGUUGUUCUAUAUCAGGGAAUGAAGGAUCAGUGGAGAUCAGCAGAUAUUCAGGGGAAUCUGUGCUUCUGUCCUGUUUGGUCAAAUGUAGCGGCCGUCAUGAACCAGAUUCAGAGUUCAGAUGGAAAUUACCAAACUCCAGAGAAAUAAACCUGAACAUUAACUCUGCUGAACUUAGUCGACUCUAUCAGGGCAGAUUUCAGAUGUUUGAUAUAAAGUCAGGAAACCUCUCUCUGCUGAUCUCUAACCUGACUGAGGAAGAUGAAGGACUGUAUUCCUGCUGGAGUAAAGAGAAUCAACACAAGAGCUUCAGACUCACUGUUAAAGGAUGCACACUGCCAGAGACUGAGCGGGAACCUAAAACCAAGUACAAGGGUGACUCUGUGCUUCUGUCCUGCUCAUGUAAAGACCCAAAGACCAAUCCUAAGCACUUCAGAUGGACCCAUGUAGAGUCCAGUGGGACUGAAGUGUCCAGUCAAACUCUGCGGUAUAAAGACAGAGUCCACACGUUUCACAAGACGACUCCAUCAAAUCUGUCUCUGUUGAUCUCCAACCUGACCGAAGAUGACCAGGGCACUUACAGAUGCACAGUUAACAACAAAACAUCCGCUCACACCAGACUCAUCGUUAAAGGCUGUGUUUUAUCCAAACAUCACAUCACCAAGAGCUCCCAUCCAGGAGGAUCCGUGAUUCUUCCAUGUUCCUGUGAAGAUCCCAAAACCAGACCGGAGCACUUUGAAUGGAAGCGAGCAGCUGUGAAUGAGACGCUGGUUUCAGACGCUGAGGAGAUCAACGGCCGAUUCCAGACCAUCAGAGAUUCUCCUCAUAAUCUGUUCUUACGGAUCUCAAACCUGACCGAGACUGACCGAGGACUGUAUGUGUGCUCAGUCAACGGCAAACAAUCCAGACACGUCAACCUCACUCUUACAGAUUCUGCUGUUAUAAAUCCUCUCGAUUAUCAGUACUAUCUGAUAUUUCUGAUCUGUCCGAUGCUGCUGCUGGCGACUGGAUGCAUCUACCGGAGAUUUAACCAAAGAGCAAGGAAACAAAGGAGAGGAAGCCGACUGAUCCAGAGCGAUGAGGAUGACACGUACACAACUUUAGUCUACAGUUCAUCUUAGAGACAAAACAUCCUUGUGUCUUGCAUCCUCGCAGACACAAACACUGAAGAGUGUGCAGAAAGAUAAAAACACACACAUUUUCAACACACACAGUGACCAACAACGUUUUAUUUUCUGUGGCAAAAAAUAGUUUCUCUUAAACUUUCCCUUUGUCUAUACACAUUUUCUAUCAUUUUCACUCCCACUUACUCUUGUUGUAUUAUAAAUGAAUUAUAUUUUCUAAUUCUUAACCGUACUUGGUAAUUACUAAAUUGUGUCUUCAUGACCAUGUAAAAUUGCAUUGUGAAGACAUUUUAGUAAUGUUU